AUGGCUCCUAAGAAGAAGGUCGAAGAACCUAAAAAGGUCAUCCUCGGUAGACCAAGUAACAACUUACAGAUCGGUAUCGUCGGUGUACCAAACGUCGGUAAAUCAUCUUUCUUCAACACCCUUUCUCAAACGGAUUUAGGUAAAGCUGCAAACUUCCCCUAUGCCACUAUCGACCCAGAGGAAGCUCGUAUCCCCGUACCUGACGAGCGAUUCGACUGGCUCUGUCAACUAUACAAGCCCGCCUCUAAAGUACCAGCCUUCUUGACCUGUGUGGAUAUCGCAGGUUUGACAGCGGGUGCAUCGACAGGUGCAGGUUUAGGAAACGCUUUCUUGUCCCAUGUCAGAUCGGUCGACGGUAUCUUCCAAGUGGUCCGAGCGUUCGAUGAUGCCGAAGUUAUCCAUGUCGAAGGUGAUGUAGACCCAUGUAGGGAUAUGCAGAUCAUCUCAACGGAGUUGAGAUUGAAAGAUAUCGAAUGGGUUGAGAAAGGCUUGGAACAAGCUAAGAAGAAUGCUAGAUCCGCUGGUGGUGUCAGUUUGGCUGAUAAAGCCAAGAAAGAAGAAGUUGCUAUCGUUGAGAAAAUCCUCAAACACCUUGUGGAAGAUAACAAGGAUGUGCGAAAAGGAAACUGGUCGAACAAGGAGGUCGAAGUGAUCAACGGUCUAAACCUCUUGACUGCUAAACCCAUUACCUACCUUGUCAAUUUAUCUGAACGAGAUUUCGUGAGGAAAAAGAACAAGUGGUUACCCAAGAUUAAAGCUUGGAUAGAUGAGAACAACCCUGGAGAUUCCCUUAUCCCAUUCUCGGUGGCUCUCGAAGAGCGUCUGGUCAGGAUGACGGAUGAAGAGAAGGUUGCUGAAGCUGAGACACUCGGUUUGGGUAAGAACGCUAGUGCAUUGGGCAAGAUCACCACGGCAGGUUAUACAAGUUUGGAUUUGAUUAGAUAUUUCACUUGCGGUCCAGAUGAAGUUCGAGCUUGGACAAUCCGAAAAGGAACCAAAGCUCCUGCUGCUGCUGGUGUCAUCCACUCCGAUUUCGAAAACAAAUUCAUCUGUGGUGAAAUUAUGGCCUACAACGAUCUCAAGGAACACGGUACGGAAGCACUCGUCAAAGCUGCCGGUAAGCUAAGACAACAAGGUAAACCUUAUGAGGUCGUAGAUGGUGAUAUCUGUUAUUGGAAAGCUGGCCAAUAG